UGUUUACACGUAUGAUAAGCCGAAAAGGGAUUUGUAUCAGAUUGUAGCGGCGGUUCGGCUCUGUUGCUUUUGUUCGGAGAACGGGGCUCGGGGAACAAGGUCACGCAGGUAAAAUGGCAGUCGUCGGACGGUGUUCGGCCGUGUUUCGAUUAUAAGCUCGCACUCUCGGAAAUUACAGGGGGCGAACUGGCUGAAAGAGAGAAGACGAAACGUGCUCGAGAGAUUAAUUUCGAAACCGAAGUCCAGCGAGUGUCGUCGCCGCCGUGUCUCGCAACACACGAACGUCUCCUCCUCGCAUUUUCUCUCAACCAAUCUGGUUAUAGCUGUGGUUGAGAGUCGGAUCGCGGUGGACGCGAUUCGCGUUCAUCCCGUGUGGAUCACGCGAAAUCCUCUCUGGUACCGGGCACCGUUUCAGAAACCGUCUCAAGAGAAUCGAUCGAGCCACGACGAGAUCCUCAAGUUACUUUCCACGCCACGGAUCAAAGGGAAUUCUGUUCAGUGCUGCUGUUCGUAGUUGAAGCCGGGUCGAGUCUCGGUCGUCAACGAGGAAGAUCAUCGGUUUUUCGAGAUCAAAGGGGACGCGGAUCCCAAUUUUGGAAAGUUUGCACACUUCAGCCGGCAGAUUCACACGCGGCGAAGGAAAAGAAAUAGAGAUCCAACGAUAUGACGUAACUGCGCGGCAUGAUAAUUGAUACGAGCCGCCUGUCUCCACGAGAUAAAUCGAUCGAAUUUGAGUUCGACGAAAAACCUGUUCAACGAACGAUUCGGCGUUGCUCCAUUUCCACGUGCGGUAUAUCUUGUCGGUGGCAACGAUGAAAAUGGAGGCGGAGCAUAGGUUGGAGCAGCUGAAGAAGGCGACGGACAGAAUACAGAAGGAGAUCGAAGAGGUCACGGAGAGGGAGCACGAGUUGAGAAACGUGGGCAGCAUUAAAACCACGUCCCACGAGACGGUGGAUUCCAAGGUGCGACGCAUGCCGCAAGCUCUGGCCUCGGGAAAGUUAAAGAGGACAACAUCUACGCCACAGAUUUUGGAAGCAGUCACCUUUACACCAUCUACACCGUCCUUAACACCAAAGAUGACGAAUGGAGUCAUAUCCAGUCGCACCACACCUACACCUCUGCGUUUCGCAACAGCACCUAGUCAAAAAGGUCUGAUGCACAGGUUUCUGGCUACCCGGGGGAAGAUUUAUAAACCAAAAUCUGCGGCGAACGACACGGUAACACCGCACACGACACCCAGCAUCACGCUCAAUCCGUUGAGCAUCAAAGCUUUCAAUAAGAGUUUGGAAAUUCAAUUCGAACCAGACGACGAACCCAAGAAACCUCCUGUCAGGAAGGGAUACGUUCCUGUAGAAGAAAAAAUUCAGAAAGAAUUACAUGAAAUGAAAGAGCGGGAGAACGAGCUUAGAUUAAUGCGAUCUCAAAUGUUGGCCAAGUCUCAACCAAAUCUUUUGGAUAUUGGAAAUGACAACGAUUCCGAUAUUUAUGAUGGUUCAAGUUCAUUAAGAAGCGGUACCUCGACGAAUACCUUAAAUGAGGAUGAAAUAGAAAAAGAAAUUAAAGGAAAACACAAGCCAAAUCCACGACGUAGAAGCACUCUUAUCGCGCAAUGGGAAAAUUUGAUAGCUGCGAAAAAAGAAUCUAAUGACACUAACAACGAGAACGACCUAAGUUUUUAAAAACAGUUCUGUAAAAAAUCAA